AUGCAAAUUCAUAACGCCAGACCAAUUGGAGCGAUCAGUCUCGUGGCGAUGGUCGUGAUGAUGGCAGCAUGGACCGCCAACCUCCAAGUCCUUGCAGCUGCCCCAUCCAAUGUCCUCCAGCUCGCUGCAGGAACCUUUUACCCGGCCAUCCAUAGUAACGAGGUGGUGAUGGUUCAGUUCUAUGCACCCUGGCGCAAGCACUGUAAAGAACUUGGCAAGUAG